AUGAAGUUUCAUCAGCUGAGACUAAAAGAUGUUUCUUAUUCAAAUACAUAACUUAAACAAGAAGACCGUCAAAUAAAAACAGAAUUCGGAAAUUUAAGCACAUCAAGAGUAAUUAAAGAUUCAAAUAUUUUUAUUAGGCUAAAGGGGCAGUAAUUAAACAAUUUGUUACAGAAGAUAAUGAUACGGGAAGAUCAGGUAAUAAUGAGAAGGAAUUAUUUACGAAGAUGUAAAAUUUAGAAUUUCAGAAUGGAUUAUUUUAAAUGCAGAUGUAAUUUUAAUAUAAAUAGCGAUAAUAGGUAGCAUAUUCACAAAAGAAAGAAUUUAGAAGAUUUUACUAUUAGAUAAUAAUUAACUUAGAUUUAACAGGAUAUUUAGAGUAUUCAAAAUAGAGUGCAAUCUGUCAAAGUAAAUAUUGAUAAAAUAUUCGUUAAGAAUAAAAGCAGUAAAAAGAAAAUCAACUUAAGUUCAUCAUCAAGCAGUAGUGAAGAUGUAGGAAGAUUAGAGAUUGGAUUUAAUUAUCGGAAUAAGUAUUAGUUUAUUAGAAUAAAGCUAGGAUUAAAUGCUUUAAUAAUAUAAAGAAUUAUUUGACGUUUGCAAUGGACACGAAAAAUUGAGUACAUUGUUUUCUAAUUAUUGUGGAAGCAUAAAAACAAUAGAGAUUGAUAUAGUUAAAUAGAAUUUCUCAUUGCUAAUAUAGCAAUUAAUAAAGAUGAUGAUAGAUAUAUUGAAAAAAUUUAACUCAAUAAAGAUUGAUUAAUUAAAGAAUACACCUGAUAAAUAAUAAUGCAAUUUUGAAUUCGGUACUUUCAAUAAGGAAUAAAAAAAGACUUUAAGGACAACUGAAAGCCCAUCUUUUAAAAAGAAUCAAGAUUUAGAGGAUAUGAAAUUAAAAUUAAAUGAUCACUAUGAUAAAUAUGAACAAGAAAAAGAGAAUAGAGGAUAAGAUAUAAAUAAAAAAUAAGAGAGGAAUACACAGAAUCAAAAGAAGUAAAUAGUUAAUAAUAACAACAACAAUAAUAAUAACAACAAUAAUAACAAUUAUAAUAAUAAAUAAAAAAUUGAUUUAAUUCCAAGCCUAAAAAGGAAAGCCAAACUUAGAUAAUAACAUAAUAUUUGA